AUGAGGUUCAUGAUAUUACUGCCUACUUUGAUUGUUCUCUACUUUGGAGUCGCUAGCACUCUUCCCAUUGCGGAUGUACGCGCUAAUGUGAGCAUCAGCUUCCCGUUGGUUCUUCCAACCAAGACUGUCAUCUCUGAUAAGUCCAGAGCAAAGAUCGAGAAACAUGUCGCCAAGAUAAUAAGAGACGCUCAAAAAGCUCCUUUCCGUUACGGAAAGCGUUCGGGAAUAAGCUCUGGAGGUGUUCUUGGCUGGUCUUCAGACAUCUUGAAUAGCCGUUCUGGAGACUAUACUUACUCUUCCUUUCGUGCCCCAUGGUACCCGAAAGCAUACUCAAACUACCGUUACGACACGUCGAGAAAGGAGUUUUUUCCGUCUUUCUCAUCUUUUACUGGCAAUUCAGUUGUUCGUUUUGUUGAGAAUAUAUUAUUGAGAGACCGCCAUCAUCAAAUGAAUCAAAUGAAGCACUUGAUGAGUUUGUCUCCACCAGUUUUGGCUGGAGCAGAUAAGAUGGCAGAAGUUGGAAAACUUCUACGCAUGGUGGAAUUGUUGGAAAACUCUCAAAAUAGUGCACCAUUAAAGAAUAUCAACAAAUUCUACCGUACUUCGACUUUCACUCGUGCCCGUCCCGGAAAACGCAGUGCUCUUUUGCAAAAGAUGCAGGAAGUGCCAAAGGGGUUCAAGGAACCAGCUGUUUUUUUGAGUCCCUCGGGGCAAAAAAGUGGUGACGCAAGCACCGGGCUCAACGGGACUACGGUACCUCAUAAAAAGUCUGUGGCAUUGGGAAAAGGGUUCCGACGAGGAAAUCGCCAGCCGAUUGGAUACAAUUAG